GAGACGGGGACGCGGCGAGACACUCAAAACUGUCAUCCACUUCACUUCUGCUAUUUCUUACUGAUUGAUACACUCGCAGAUACAUAUAGGGAGAGAAGCAGCGCAGCGUGGCAGAGAGAAGACAGCUUCUUCGGUGAUGGAUGAUUCGAAUGAAGAAUUCGAACCCCUUUUUGAUUACACUCGCGUUCAGCCGUUCGACGUCGUUUGCCUCGACGGUCUGUUCCCCUGUAAAUGAUUUUCAUUAUGUUUAUGUGUGUAGCGUGGAAAUUUUCUUUCUCUUUUUGGUCCUCUAUAUACUAUUGGGAAUUGGCAGAUGAUAGUCAGGACGAAUCACCAGUGUUUUGCCCAAAAAGACGGAAGCUCGCAGAUGCUAAGGAGAAAAAGAAAGAGCGGGAUGUGAAUUUGAAAGAUGUAAAGGAUGUGAAUUCAAAAGAUGCAAAAGUGAUUGAUUGUGAUGAUAAAGAAGAUGAUGAAGAGGAUUGGUUGCCUCCACCACCAAAGAAUGUAAAUAACUGUAGCAAGAUUCUCGAGGAGGACUCUACUCUGAAGGCCCUGAGGUUAAAAAGGGCAGAACUGGCAUCUUUAGCCCAGUCAGCUGAGGAAGUUGUGCGAGCUGUUGAAGAAUCUGUAAGAAAAGACCUUAGUGCUUCAUUACAAUCGUCUCCAAAAAGUGAUACCAAACAGCCAUCAGAACCUCCUCCUGAUAAGGAAAAACUUGUCAUAUCUAUCCAGGAUAAGGAUGGGCUUAAGCAAUUUCGAGUUUACAUGGAUGAUAAAUUUGAGCGACUCUUCAAGAUGUAUGCAGACAGAAUUAAGCUUGAUGUGAAAAAUUUAGUUUUCUGCUUCGAUGGGGAUAAAGUUAGUCCAGCAGAAACUCCUGCUAGCCUUGGAAUGGAGGAAAAUGACAUCAUAGAAGUGCAUGUGAAGUCAAGUUGAUCCUGGAUGUGUGGGUACCAACAGUGCCAGCUGAUAUCUUGCUGUAGGCAUAGAGUUCUUAUGUCUUCUGGAUGACUUGUAUAAGUUACAUUUGAUGCUAUAAUCAAAUCUUUCUAAUCCUGAAAAUAUACAUUGAUGCGUAUUUUCUGAGUUGGUGGCAAAUUUGGUGAGAACUGAAUAUGCUUUGUAAUUC